AUGGUGGGCUAUGACCCCAAAGCAGAGGACAGGAAUAUCUCCAAUCUUGAGGUGGCCGUGGCUGGGUCUGUGUCCGGACUUGUCACUCGGGUGCUGAUCAGCCCCUUGGAUGUCAUCAAAAUCCGCUUCCAGCUUCAGAUUGAGCGCCUGUCUCUCAGUGACCCCAAUGCAAAAUACCACGGAAUCCUACAGGCCGGGAGACAGAUUUUGCAAGAGGAGGGCCCAACAGCGUUCUGGAAAGGGCACAUCCCAGCCCAGCUUCUCUCGAUAGGCUAUGGAGCUGUCCAAUUUUUGUCGUUUGAAGUGCUGACCGAGCUGGUGCACAGGGCCAGCGUGCGCGAUGCCCGUGACUUCUACGUGCACUUCUUGUGCGGCGGCCUGUCCGCCUGCGUGGCCACCCUCACUGUGCACCCCGUGGACGUGCUGCGCACCCGCUUUGCAGCUCAGGGUGAGCCCAGGGUCUAUAAAACCCUGCGAGAUGCUGUGGUGACCAUGUACAGGAGCGAAGGCCCCUUGGUCUUCUACAAAGGCUUGAACCCCACCUUGAUCGCCAUCUUCCCCUACGCGGGGUUCCAGUUCUCCAUCUACAGCUCCUUGAAGCGUGCCUACGAGUGGGCCUUGCCAGCUGAAGGCAAGAAAAACGGGAACUUCAAAAACCUGCUUUGUGGCAGCGGAGCUGGCAUCAUCAGCAAGACCCUCACGUACCCGCUGGACCUCUUUAAGAAACGGCUGCAGGUCGGAGGGUUUGAGCAGGCCCGAGCCUCUUUUGGCCAGGUGCGAAGCUACAAGGGUCUCCUGGACUGUGCCGGGCAGGUGCUGCGAGAGGAGGGGGCACAGGGCUGCUUCAAAGGCCUGUCCCCCAGCCUGCUGAAGGCUGCCCUCUCCACCGGCUUGGUGUUCUUCUGGUACGAGCUCUUCUGUAACUUAUUCCAUCACAUGAGGAAGGCAGACAGCUAG